UUUAAUGUUUGAAGUAGACUGAUUUCAGUUUGCACAGUAGAACAAACCCAGUCACUGCAGGAACAGAGUAUGAGGAAAAAAGUAUUUUAUAUCAGCCUUCUGCUGAUGAGCUCUAAAAGUUCAGGGGAGCCUUCACUUUUUCUCAAGAAAAAAGUAACCCGAGGAGUUGGAUGUACAAGUAUUCAACAAACUACCAGUUAAAUGGAAUGCAAGAUGCUGUGCACCAUGGACCCAGUCUGUAAAGCCAUCAAUCAUGGAAAUGAGAAGUGUGAACUGUGUCCUGAUGAAUUAUCAAAUGGAUAUAAGGGUAUAGGACUAAACACUGAUGGAAUGUUCUUCUACACAGCAAGCAAAGAGGAGGAUGUUAAAAUAUUUGAAGCGAUGACUAAUUGCCCUGACACUCAUCCUUUCCCAUUUGCUGGUGGUCUUAAAUGCUGCGAGAGGAAUUUGGCAAAUCCUGCAAACAUUCCCUCUGGGUCACGUGGAUAUCUAACUCCAGCUUCAACAACAUGCUUGGGAUCAGAGUUUGUUUGUCCUGGAUCUAAGUGUUCUAGAAACCAAGCUUAUAAUGAUCUAACAGCUCUACAGAUUUUAACUGCUAAUUUGGGCGGUGCGAGUUUGGUGCAAGAAAUACGCAGUGUAGAAUCAGCCACUGUUUGCCAGCAGUACUGUGAAUCCCACACCCAGUGCAUGGGUUGGGCUUGGACAUGGCCAACCAACAUUGGAUAUACAAAUGCAUGUUUGUUAUUAACAAACUCAAAUAUGUACUUCAUUUACAGUUCAAGUUACAAAAUGACAGCUGGGUUCAAAUCCAGCAUCAUUGUCUGGAACUAGAUUAUGUGCUGCUGAAUCCAGCAUCAUUGUCUGGAACUUAAUUAUCUGCUUCUGAAUCCAUCAGCAUUGUCUGGAACUAGAUUUUCAGCAGCUGAAUCCAGCAUCAUUGCCUGAAACUAGAUUAUCAGCUACUGCUGAAUCCAGCAUCAUUGUCUGGAACUAUAUUAUCUACUGCUGAAUCCAUCAGCAUCGUCUGGAACUAGGUUUUCAGCAUUUAAAUCCAGCAUCAUUGUCUGGAACUAGAUUAUCAGGCUGCUGAAUCCAUCAGCAUUGUCUGGAAUUAGAUUUUCAGCCGAUGAAUCCAGCAUCAUUGUCUGGAACUAGAUUAUCAGCCACUGAAUCCAGCAGCAUUUUCAGAAACUAGAUUAUCAGCUGCUAAAUCCAGCAUCAUUGUCUGAAUCAGCUGCUGAAUUAAGCAUCAUCGUCUGAAUCUAGAUUAUUUUCUGUUGAAUCCAGCAUCUUUGUCUGGAACAAGAUUAUCAGCUGCUGAAUCCAGCAUCAUUGUCUAGAACUAAAUUUAUUGCUGAAUCCAGCAUCGUUGUCUGGAUCUAUAUUAUCAGCUGCUGCUGAAUCCAGCAUCAAUGUCUGGGACUAGAUUAUCAGAUAUUUAAUAUUAUUAUAUAAAACAAAUCUACUGUUUUUACAACUUAUUUCAAAUUAUAAAGUGUUGCUUUUUCUUUUAGUUGAUUAAAGUUAGCUGUUUUAACAUUUCAAACAGUUGAAAAUAUAUAUCAAAAUAUAAAUAAUAUGUAAGUUGAUUAAAGUUAGCCGAUUUAACAUUUCAAAAAGUUAAAAAUAUAUAUCAAAAUAUGAAUAAUAUGUAAGUUGAUUAAAACCACAAUAAGGAUUCUUACUUAUCCCAAGGGUAAAACUAUUUGGCACUUUUUUUUAUAAAUCAAGUUUCACCAGUUUUAAAGUUUUCUUUGAUUCAUUAAAUAAAAAGAUUUGAUAUUUUCUUUCUUAAUAAUUGUCAGUUAUUCAAUUUUUUUUUGUGUUGUUGUUAAAAUAGAUCAAGAUCAGUAUUCACAAACAUUCACUAAUAUUUAAAUAGCAAAAAAACUUGAAAAUUGAGAUUUUUCAAAGAAUGCAAAAAAAACUAGUUUUUUAGGGUUUAGCAAAACAAUUUUAAAAUACCAAAAUACGGACAAAUGAUCGGUAUUCAGCAGUUCAAGUCAAAUCUUUAGAUAUUUAUAUCUAGAUGGUUUGAAAAAUUGAAAAAUCGACCUCCACUUAUGAUCUUAAUUAUUGAAGAAUGAUGAUUAAAGAAUGAGUUAUUAUCUUAUUCUUUUUUUUUCCUUUAUAAAUGUUGCUUAUAAUUUACUAUUGUAUAAUAUAUAUUAAACAGUUUCACCCUUAUAAUUU